GAAUACUAGUGAAGUCGGACAUGUAACAACUCUACCGGCGUUUUAGAAAAACUGUAACCUAACUGUAUCAAUUGACAUUGAAACAAUGUACAGUAUCUAGUACAAGAGGACAACAGCCACAGAAUAUCCUGGCAACCUUCACUCCAUUCUAGUAGGUAGAAUAAAGAAGCGUUCUGGCAGCGGUCAAAAAUGUUAGAAGGUUAGCUAGCUUUCUCAAGUGGACUAAAAGUAGAAGUUUGAUCAAUAACACCAUGACAACCGGAAUGGAGAACUGCGCCAAACCACUGUUUACAUUUGGAAUAAUCGCCGACAUUCAAUACGCCGACAUAGAUGAUGGUUUCAAUUUCAAACGCUCAAGGAAACGAUACUACAGGAACAGUCUUCGCCUAUUGCACAAUGCACAGAAAAGGUGGACCGCGGAUACUGUCAAACCCCGGUUCAUCCUUCAGCUCGGUGACAUUAUCGAUGGCUUCAACAAGAGGCACGACGCAUCAGAGCGAGCCCUGGAAACGGUGAUGAAAGAGUUUGACUCCUCUCCCGUUGAAGUCCACCACGUUUGGGGCAACCAUGAGUUUUAUAACUUUAGCAGAGACACCCUAAUGCGGUCGGUUCUCAAUAGUACUACAGAUUCUGAAGCAGGAGGGGGGCACCUCAGCAGCUGUGAAAUCUAUGCUUAUCAUUUCAGUCCAGCCCCCAAAUACCGAUUUGUCGUUUUGGAUGCCUAUGAUGUGAGCCUACUAGGGAGAGAGGAGUCCAGUCUGAAAUACCAGCAGGCUAUUGCUAUUUUAAAAGCCCACAAUGACAAUGAAGAUCUGAACCAUCCCCCAGCACCUGUGGGGAUGGAGCAAAGGUUUGUGAAGUUCAAUGGAGGAUUCAGUCAAGAUCAGCUGGACUGGCUGGAAGGAGUUUUGUCGUUGGCAGACAACAAACUGGAGAGAGUCACCAUUGUCAGCCAUCUCCCUAUCCACCCCAGCUCUACAGAACCUAUCUGCCUAGCCUGGAACUACGAUGCGCUGCUCUCCAUACUCCAGGCCCAUAAGAGUGUAGUCUGCUUCAUGGCAGGACACGACCAUGAUGGAGGCUAUCACAGAGAUGACUCCGGAGUGCACUACCUCACACUGGAGGGGGUGAUAGAGACACCCCCGGACAGUGAUGCCUUUGGUACAGUCUCUGUGUAUGAGGACAGAAUGUUUUUGAAGGGAUAUGGAAGGAUGUCUGAUAGAAUACUGAUGUAUCCAUGAUAAUGCCAAAGAUUCUACGGCUGUACGGAAUCUGGGGAGGGACAAUUCCUUGGGUCCUCAUAUACAGAGUAUACAAAACAUUAAGGACACCUGCUCUUUCCAUGACAUAGACUGACCAGGUGAAUCCAGGUAAAAGCUAUGAUCCCUUAUUGAUGUCACUUGUUAAAUUCACUUCAGUCAGUGUAGA